UCGAUCGAUCGAUCACACACUGUCUGCUAGUGGGCACAUCUACUACGCCUCGUCUUCUUCGUGUUCGCUGGCUGCACGCAUGCACGCACAAGGGUUCCAUGUGAGCCGACGUAUCUCCACUCCACUGUUAUUUAUGAUCGCUUGCCCUUGCACGCGCAUCAGUCUCCUCUCUGACUCUGAAGCGUGCAUGCGUACGUGUGUGUGUAUAUAAGCAAGCGCUCGCGAGCAUCGCCUAGCUAUCUUAGCUUGCUCAGUCUCGCUGUCUGCUCUCUGGCUUCCUCAGUUCCUGCUGUGGUGCUAGCCGGUUUAAUGAGGAGGCCUGCUGGCGUGGGAGCUCGGUGGGCGCCGGCGCUGGCCCUUGCGCUGGCCAUGGCAUUGGCGUCGUGCUCGUGCGUGACCCAUGGCGCCAGAACCACACCAAGUUCAGGCGCCGACGGCCUACGACCUGGCCGUGAGGCGACGCCGUCCGGAACCGCAGGCCGGGACGACAACGACGGAGGGCAGGCGGCAUCACCGUCCCAUCAGGAGAAGCGGGGCCAGGCGACGCGGGAGGGGGAGGAGGAGCAAGGGAUGAUGACGCUCAAGGAGCGAGCGGUGACGGGGUCGCGGCUGCCGGACUGCGCGCACGCGUGCGGGGCGUGCGCCCCGUGCAAGCGGGUCAUGGUCAGCUUCCGGUGCGCCGAGGCCUCCGAGUCGUGCCCCAUCGCCUACCGCUGCAUGUGCCGCGGCAGGUUCUUCCGCGUCCCCACCCUCUAGCUCGCCGUGCUCUCAACGUACCCCGGUCGCGCCACUACUUUUACCUUGUGAUUUUGCUCUUGUUUGGUGUUGGCGUGAUGCUUGUGGACCGUUUGUUCCUCGAGUGUUGUAAGUAUGUAGUAAAAGUUAAUGUGCUGCGACAUAUCACUCUCUUCUUUUGAAGAAAAAAAGAACAAGUAGACGAUGA